AUGAUGGUUGAAAGGAUCACUUUAUACUGGUGGGAUACAUGUCCGUCCGCCCAGCGGGUGAUUAUUGCGCUCGAAGAGGCCAAAGCUGAUUAUAUCAAGUACGAAGUCGACCCUUGGAACAAGCCAGAGUGGUAUGUUCCAAAGGUGAACCCUGCCACUGGCAAAAUCCCAGCACUCACAUACGGAGGCCCCCCAGUCGACCCCUCGAACCCAUCCCCCGAAUCAGCAAAACUCACCGAAUCCCUCGUUUUACUCGAGUUUAUCGCCGAUUUAUACCCCGACUCGGGACUGUUGUCCGCGAACCCCGUUGAACGUGCCCAUGCGCGGUUCAUCACCGAUGUCUUUCACACCAAGGUUUUCGAUGCGUUUUAUGGCAUCAUAUGGGGUGGAGGGUCUCCGGAUACAUUGUACGAUGGUUUGAUGGCCUUGCAGGACCAGCUGCAAGCGCAUCUCAAGUCUGGUCCGUUCUUGGGUGGCGACAAGAUUAAUAUCGCGGAUGCUGCCGUGGCCCCCUUUCUCGCUCGUAUCCGUACACACUUUCAUAACGGCGUGGGUAUCUGGGAGGACGGACAAGGCAAAAAUAUAUAUGCCGAGAUAUUCGAGAACGAGCGGUUUGGGACGUUGCAGAAGUAUACCGAGGCAUUGCUGAGUAGGGACACGGUUAAAAACAGCUUCCCAGAGGACAAGUACCUUGGCCAAGUCAAGACGUAUAUUGAAAGUAAGGGAAAAGGAAAGGCGUGA